AUGGCUUCCUCGUAUGAUUCCAAGUCGCUCUUCGACGUCAAGGACCUCGUCGCCGUCAUCACCGGCGGAGGUUCUGGCUUGGGAAAGAUCAUCGCCCACGCUCUGGUGGCCAACGGCGCCAAGGCCGUCUACGUGCUGGGAAGGCGGCAAGAGUCGCUCGACGCAACCAAAGAAUCCUCGGCCAGGCCGCAGGCCGUCCACCCCAUCGUCUGCGACGUCACCUCCAAGGACUCCCUGCAGUCGGCCGCCGGCCGCGUGCGGGACGAGGUCGGCUACGUCAACGUCCUCUUCGCCAACAGCGGCGUCAUCACGGCCGAUGUGCCCGUCAAGGACGUCGACAGCUUGACCGUCAAGAGCUUCCAGGAGAGGCUCUGGGCGCCUUCGAUGGAGGAGUUUACGAGGUCGGCUCAGGUCAACGUCACCGGCGCCUUCUACACCGCCGUCGCCUUUCUGGAUCUCCUCGACGAAGGAAACAAGCGCAAGGUGGUGCCGCAGAGCUCGCAGGUCAUCAUCACCUCGUCGGCCGCCGGCUUCGCGCGCCGUCCGUUCGCCGGCUUCGCCUACGGCACGAGCAAGGCGGCGGCGACGCACCUCGCGAAGCAGCUCGGGACCGUCCUUUCGGCCUUUAAGAUCCGCGUCAACACGAUUGCUCCGGGCUUCUACCCGAGCGAGAUGACGGAUGCGAUGCCGUUCAUGAAGCAGACCGACGUGAGCAAGGAGGGGAGUCUCCCGAGGUCUUUUGUGCCCAUGGAGCGAUCGGGUACGGCAGAAGACAUGGCCGGCGCCGCUCUGUUUCUCGUGAGCCGCGCGGGAGCGUACAUUGCCGGAAACGUGCUGCUGACGGACGGCGGCCGUCUCGGUGUCGUCGAAGCCUCGUACUGA